AUUUUUGCUCUCAUCAACGUUUCCCAUCAUCAACAAUAAUAAUAUUGUAACUUUUACUUGUUGGCUGCUGAUUCUACUUAACUGACGGUGAAUUUAUCGCUGAAUAGAUAUGGCUGAUUCGGACACACUAUCGUUGGCUCGUCUGAAUUAUUAUUGCCAAGAGAAGUAUUACAGACACAUGUACAAUGCAGCAUCUGAGAGUCUGAAAAAAUAUGGCAGUGAUCCUGUAUUGUUGUUUUUUAGGGCAUACAGCUUGGUACUGGAAGAUCGAAUUCCAGAAGGUAUGAGAGAGUUGGAAGCGAUAAAAGACAAACCUGAGGUCAUGUUAUGUUCCAUUAUGGCAUUAAUGUAUGCACACAAAAGAUGCAAAACUGUGGAUAAAGAAGCUAUCCAAGAGUUGGAUGCGAGAUUGAAAGAAAUACGAAAACAAGCCAGAGAAAAGGCUUUAUAUUUUGCUGCACUAUUUCUAUGGCAUACUGGUAGACAUGAUAAAGCCAGGGAGUAUGUGGACAGAAUGAUUUGGCAAGGUUUCUACAGUUUUACUAUGAUUUCUAACAAAGAAGUAGAAGGGUUGUUUGGUAAAGCUAAAUUCUAUGUUUUACGCCAUAACUAUACUGGCGCCCUGGAGUUGAUCAAUCAAGCCGUGGUUGCGUAUCCAGGGUUUAUGCCAGCGCUGAUAGAGAAAAUGAGGUUACAGUUGGCAUUGCAAGACUGGGAACAGACUAUGGAAACUGCGCAGAGGGCGUUAUCACAAGAUACAUACUGUAUAGAGGCUGUACGUUUACAGAUUCUUCAUUUAUUGUGCAGAGACGGUAGCUAUGAUGAGGCUGCUACUAAACUCGGUGAACUGAUACAGUUGUUGGAUAGAUUUGAACCCAAGAAUCCAUGGUUGUAUUAUAGUAUGUCUCAAACCUUCUGUAGAGCGUGUGGAAGAAACACAUUGGUUUUACAGCAGACAUAUACAUUGAUGGAGAGAGCACUUGGACUUGACAAUAUGAAUUCAGAAUACGCCACAGAGGCAGGUUAUGAGUUGCUACUUCAAGGAAAAGUCAGAGAUGCUAUGAAACUCUACAGGAAUGCUAUGAAACUAGAUGAGACGAGUGUUGCUGCCCUCACAGGAAUUAUCAAGUGUCAGCUUCUUGAAGGACAUUUGGACGACGCUGAACAACAACUUGACUUUCUCAACGCGAUACAACAAUCAAUAGGAAAAUCUUCAGAAUUGUUAUAUCUAAGUGCCGUGUUAGCACGUAAACGUGGUAAAAGUGGUGAUGACACCGUCCAGUUACUGAAUGACUGUACGGAAACUCAUUUUGGAUCUCUCAAGGGCCUGCCAUUAGGAAUGGUCUACUAUCAACAAUUCAACCCAGACUUUUUAAUUGAAAUCGUCAACGAGUAUUUAUUAUUUGCACCAUCAACGCCGAUUGCUCCAGGUCAGCCUGCGGGACCUGUUUUGAAGCGUUGUGCUGCUGUAUUGGACCCCCUAACUAAAGCUGUACCAGGACUAAUGGAGGGUCUCUUUCUGAUGGGUAAAGUCAAGUUCCUCUCUGGUGAUAUUGACGCUGCACAGAGUACAUUACAACACUGUCUAGAUAUUAAUCCCACGUUCUCAGAUGCUCAUUUGCUAAUGGCACAGAUUUAUGCACAUCAAGGUAGUUUCAAGCAAGCCUCACAGUCCUUGGAACAGGGAUUGAGUUAUAAUUUUGAGGUACGUGAGUCUCCGCUGUACCAUCUUAUUAAAGCCCGAAUUCAGAAACGACAGGGUGAUAUAGAGGAUGCUGCAAGAACGUUACAGACUGCUAUGACGUUACCUGGUAUCAAAAAACCUGCUCAUCCCGGUUCAGCCAAGAAAACAAAAGCUGGUCAAGUCAGUACAAAUGACAGAGUGUCUGUGUUCCUGGAGUUGGCUGAUGCUUACAGACAGCUUGACAGACAGCCAGAAGCCGCCAAAGUGAUGCAGGACGCAAUAAACGAAUUCACAGACACCCCAGAAGAAGUACGGAUUACAAUUGCGAAUUCCGACCUGGCGUUACAGCGUGGAGACGUAGAAUUAGCGCUUGGUAUGCUGAGAAACAUCACGCCAGGACAGUCCUACUAUGUGGAGGCUAAGGAAAAAAUGGCAGACAUAUAUCUGAACUACAGGAAAGAUAAACGAUUAUACGCAAGUUGUUACAGAGAGCUUGUUGACAAACAUCAAAGCGCCCACACAUCUCUCUUAUUGGGCGAUGCAUACAUGAGUAUACAAGAACCAGAAAAGGCCAUUGAAGUGUAUGAAGCAGCACUCAAGAAAAAUCCUAGAGAUUUCACACUGGCCAGUAAGAUAGGAAGAGCUUUGGUGAAGACACACAACUAUGGAAAGGCUAUUAAUUACUAUGAUGCAGCUUUGAAAACUGGACAUCAGAAUUUUUUACAAUAUGAUUUAGCAGAGUUACUGUUAAAACUCAGACAAUUUGACAAAGCAGAGAAAGUGUUAAAGAAGGCACUGGACAAUCAGGAUUCUAAAGAUUUACAAGCCUUGAUGGAAGAAACACGAUGUCUUGUAUUGUUAUCAAAAGUAUACCAUAAAGCUAGUAAAAUGAAUGAAUCUAUGCUCUCACUGGGCAAUGCAAGAGAUGUACAAGCAAGAGUAUUAAAAAGAGUUCAGAUGGAACAACCUGAUGCAGUCCCUGCACAGAAAGCACUGGCUUCAAAUAUAUGCUGUCAGAUGGCACAGCAUUCUACUGAACAAAGAGAGUAUGAGAAAGCUAUUAAAUUCUACAAAGAAGCCUUGAUAUACACAGACAAUGAUGGUAAAUCUAUGCUGGAGCUUGCCAGAUUGUAUCUACAGCAAGAUGAACUAGAUCAGUGUCAGCAUCAGUUAAUGCAGCUGUUACAGUCUGACAAUGAAAAUGAUGCCGCUACUGUGAUGUUAGCUGAUUUGAUGUUUCGUAAAGGUGAAUAUGACCAAGCCAUUUUUCAUUUCCAACAACUUCUAGAGAGAUCUCCAGAUCACUAUGAGGCACUAUCUAGAUUGAUAGAUUUAAUGCGUAGAGCUGGAAAACUGGAGGAUGUACCUCAAUUUCUUGAUCCUGCUGAGAACUCAUCUGCAAGAGCACCUUCUGAACCAGGGUUCAAUUACUGCAAAGGAUUAUACGUAUGGUAUAUAGGUGAUGCUAAUACAGCACUGAAACAUUUUAACAUGGCACGUAAAGACAGUGACUGGGGACAACCUGCGCUUGAGAACAUGAUAGAAAUAUGUUUGAAUCCUGAUAAUGAGACAGUUGGUGGUGAAGUCUUUGACAAUGUAGAUGGUGAUAUGAGUAAUUCAACAGAGAGACAGGAUUCAGAAGCACUUGCAGUCAGGACAGCGGAAAAACUACUCAAAGAGCUGAAGCCAAAACCAGGAUCUGUCAAGCACACUGUGCUGGAGAAUUAUGCCACUAUGGCAACCAAAUCAAAGCCUAGUAUUGAGAAAGCAUUGUCGGCAUUUAUGGAGAUAGCCACUGAUGAAAGAGACCAUGUGCCGGCAUUACUCGGAAUGGCAACAGCCUAUAUGAUGUUAAAACAAACUCCUAGAGCUAGAAAUCAACUGAAGAGAAUCGCCAAAAUGAACUGGAACUCGGUAGACGCGGAAGAAUUUGAAAAGAGAAAACAGUCUUGUUGCAAAGCCUAUGAAUAUAUGGGUUUUAUAAUGGAGAAGGAGCAGUCAUACAGAGACGCAGCAAUGAAUUAUGAGAAAGCAUGGAAAUAUGGAAACCAGUCAAGUCCAACUAUUGGUUACAAGUUGGCAUUCAAUUAUUUGAAAGCUAAGCGAUACGUAGAUGCUAUUGAUGUGAGCCAUAGAGUGCUUGCCGGACAUCCAAACUAUCCCAAAAUGAGAAAAGAUAUACUUGAUAAAGCAAGAAGUCUCCUAAGAGUCUGA